AUGGAAAGUGAACUCGCAAGCGGAACUGGCGAACUCUACCUUGACUCUGCCGGAUGGGAGGUCAAAUCUGUCAUGCGAAAUGUCUCCGCUCACUUUGCCUGCUACGUUGAUCAAAAAGCUCUUACUACAGUUACAAGUACUGCUUCCUCCGCUUCUACGAGCUCAUCCAGUCGACCAACUUUGUCCCCAACAACGACGACAUCGAAAACGACUACCACACCGCUGCUAACAACAACGACAACAGAGGAAAUCACGUUAGGAUGGAGCUAUUGCGAUUCAGACGCUGACAAAACAAAAAUUCUUUGGACAACAACGCCCAUUUACGAUGGUGCAAGUGAUCAGUUCAAAGACUGGUGUGUUUACAUUCCGAGAGAGUCUCGUCAAUCUGGACUAUCAGUAGACGAGCAUUGCGAGCAGUUUUUCGGAUCUGGUUUAUCAAUUCAUGACCAAAACUUGCAAAAUUCCAUCGAAAGAGUUUUUCGGGAAUUUUCUGAAGUUUCUGUAAUUUCUGUUGGCGGCAAAAAAGACGCAAGAAAUGAAGACUUCUACUGGCAAGAUAACAGCGAUGUGGAUUACAAGAAGCGAGAACUGAAUGGAUUGACUGUUGGAACCGGAGAACUGGUUUACGCAAGAGCGAACUUUCAAAACGGAAAUUGGGAGCUCACAAAAAAUGAAAAUACAUUGAGCCAUUCUCAUUUUGCUUGCUAUCAGAAGAUUCCGGAAAAAGAAGGCUCCGCUGAAAUCAUAGAAGACUACUUUCAACCACUUUUUUGA